CCACGAUCUUGUCGUGAUCCGUCACUCACAGGGGAGUAGAGCACUCGCGUGAGUGAGUUGGGCGCGGAGGAGGAUCGCCGGCAAAACGCGUACGCCUAUAUAUAAAUAGUUGAUGGUCUGGUCGGAACGGUUUUAGUGCUCUGUUGGACAUUUCGAAGAGGCCCCGUCUAGAAGAGGUGGCCCCCCGUCAGAAAGAACUCUAGCGAGAGAGAGCGAGAGUGAGCGAGUGGCCCACUCCACUGGCCGUUUCCUCCGAUCGGAGUAGUUCCAGAGGACCGUCCGGAGGUUGUUCCGGGGUGUGUUCCAACCGUGUUUGUGUGUGUGUGUGAGGGAAAGCUUUUCCCGGAACUCGUGUGACUGAAAAGCCUUGGCAAACAUGGCGAACGUGAUAAAGGUGAUCGGUUUUAUGUGCUUAAUAGUGGCAAUCGCCGCCGUUGAGUACCGCGUGAAGCGUCAGGAUGACGACCAGGACGCGGAGGACAACAUCGAGGAGCUGUGCAAGGACCGCCCGGCGGACGAGUACUUCCGUCUGUCCACCGACGGAGAUUGCCGCGAAGUCGUGAGGUGCGAUAACGCUGGCGAAAACGGCAUCACACGGCUAGCCAAGGUCCGUUGCCCAACCGGGUUGUACUUUGACACUGAACGUCAAACCUGCGAUUGGAAAACGAACGUUAAAAAUUGUGAUGCACUAGGAAAACCCCGCAAGGUGCUGCCCAUCCUGAAGACGGACGAGCCGAUCUGCCCGGAGGGUAAGCUGUCCUGCGGCAACGGCGAGUGCGUCGACAAGGAGCUGUUCUGCAACGGCAAGCCCGACUGCAAGGACGAGUCCGACGAGAAUGCGUGUACCGUCGAACUGGACCCGAACCGUGCCCCGGAUUGUGACACGACGCAGUGCGUGCUGCCGGAUUGCUUCUGCUCGGCUGACGGAACGCGGAUUCCCGGAGGGAUUGAACCGCAGAACGUGCCCCAGAUGAUCACGAUCACGUUCAACGGUGCCGUCAACGUGGACAACAUUGACCUGUACGAGGACAUCUUCAACGGGCAGCGCCAGAACCCGAACGGCUGCCAGAUCCGGGGAACGUACUUUGUGUCGCACAAGUACUCCAACUACUCGGCCAUUCAGGACCUGCACCGCAAGGGUCACGAGAUCUCGGUGUUUUCGCUGACGCACAAGGACGACCCCAACUACUGGACGCAGGGAACGUACGACGACUGGCUGGCGGAGAUGGCCGGAGCGCGGUUGAUCAUCGAACGGUUCGCCAACAUUACGGACGGCUCGAUCAUCGGAGUUCGUGCGCCGUACCUGCGCGUCGGAGGCAACAAGCAGUUUGAGAUGAUGGCCGAUCAGUUCUUCGUGUACGACGCCUCGAUCACCGCUUCGCUGGGACGUGUCCCGAUCUGGCCGUACACGCUGUACUUCCGCAUGCCGCACAAGUGCAACGGUAACGCCCACAACUGCCCGUCCCGUAGCCACCCCGUCUGGGAAAUUGUCAUGAACGAGCUGGACCGUCGUGAUGACCCGACCUUCGACGAAUCCCUUCCCGGUUGCCACAUGGUUGACUCUUGCUCCAACAUCCAGUCCGGUGAGCAGUUCGGACGUCUUCUGCGUCACAACUUCAACCGUCACUACAAUACCAACCGUGCCCCGCUCGGUCUGCACUUCCACGCCUCGUGGCUCAAGUCCAAGAAGGAGUACCGCGAAGAACUGAUCAAGUUCAUCGAGGAGAUGCUCGUCCGCAACGAUGUCUUCUUCGUCACCAACCUGCAGGUCAUCCAGUGGAUGCAGAACCCGACCGAACUGAACGCCCUCCGAGACUUCCAGGAGUGGAAGGAAAAGUGCGACGUCAAGGGACAACCCUACUGCUCCCUGCCCAACGCCUGCCCCCUCACGACCCGCGAACUGCCCGGCGAAACUCUGCGUCUCUUCACCUGCAUGGAGUGCCCCAACAACUACCCCUGGAUCCUGGACCCCACCGGCGAUGGCUUCACCACCAAGAAGUAAGCCCCACCAGAGGGAGUCCGCGGUCUCCACCACCGAAAGUCUGAUUUAGUUGUGCGCCGAGAACCGCCCUCAACCAACGGAGCAGAGGCGUCUGUUGUACAUAAUUCUUACAACCCCUAAACAAACAAAAAAUCCCCGAAACCCCUCCCCCCACACUCCUUACCCUUACACCCAAGAAAGCCGCCAUUUUCGUUUAGAGAACAAUGGACGAUCGAGAGAAGAAAAAAAUAUUACAAAUCAAAACAAUCGAAUAAUUCAACGUGAUAACUUAACAAUUUGAGAGUGGAAAUUUCUCUCUCCGUCAAAAAGAAGAAGAAAAAAACAUCAAUAGAGCGCGAGAGAAUGCUAGAGCGAGAGCGAGAGAGAGAGCGCGCGAGCGUAAGCGCAAGUGUUUUCCUUUAAGUACUCGUUUUUAUUAUAUUAUAAAGUAUUUUUUUAAAUUAAAGCUGCGAAAAGAUGAUGGAAUGAGCAAGUGUGUCGCGCGAAGCAGGACCGGUAUAAAGGUUCUGAGCGAUUAGCAGGGAGGUCAACAUCGGAAUGUGCUACAGCGACACGCGCAAUUGGAAUUAUGGAAAAGCGAAAUGUAUGAAUGCCAAUUUUACAAUAA